AUGAUCAUUCAACAACAGCCUCACGCUUCAAGCAAAGCAACAACACGUACGGAAACAUCUUCUUCGGAUAUGCUACCAUCGGAUCCUAUCCGGAAAGGUUGGAAGGAUACUCAACCACAACGAAAAAUUGUGAAAAUUUCUUCUUCAUCGGAGCAUGAUGAUUUAUCAACAACACCAACAACAGAUGUAAAUAAUAGUAACACUUCUUCAAGUCCAUCGCAGGCACCUUCUUUACAACAAGGCCCCAUUGGUCAAGUGUUUCAAUCAUUACGAGAAAAAGUUUCCACUCUUUUAUUUAAUCACCAAUAUUGGAAUUUAUUUUCACAAGCAUCCUCUUCAUCAUCAACGGACAAAUCCAAAAUGCAUGAAAAUGAAAGCCAUAUACAGUUUAUUGGGCAAAUUCGACCACCUUUCAUUAUCGAAAGAUUUGAUAAACCACAAGUGAACAACAACGGAAAAAAGAUGAUUGUACGGAAAAUUGUGCCACUUUUGCAAUUGGAAAAUUAUUUAAACAAGUGUUUGGUCAAUCAGGAGAUUGCCAUCAAGACAAUAUGUUAUUGCCUUUUGAGACAGUCAACGAUAUGGUCAUAUUCAUAUCAUCAAUUAUCGUCAAGCUCUGAAAAUUCUGAACAAACUCAAGACGAGUUACAAAAGAAACAAUUCAUGAAAAAAACGAAAAUUCCACUCUCCUUGUUUUUUAUAGGUCCAUUAGGUGUUGGAAAAUUGUAUAUUUCUCGUCUGAUAGCUCAGUCUCAAGGAAGACCUUUCGUGCUUUUCGAUAUGAAUUAUUUUACGGAAGAAGAAUCGUUAUCGAAUUUGGUUCAAUUUUCAGACGAAUAUCGAUACAAUCAACCUUUCAAUUACAUGCUUGGGCAAUUGAAUGUGGUUUUAGAAACGGCCCCAAAUGCUGUAAUAGUUUUCAACAAUAUGGAAUAUGCCCAUCCUUCCAUUUUCAGAUUUUUACAUCAACUAUUCAGAGCAGGAUUAAUACUUGAACAAAAAUCGAGAAAAGAUGUCAACUACAAGGCACAGCAUUCUGGCUCACUGGCAACAGACCAAUCAUUGGAAUCAUCAGCCAACAAACGCACGGAUAAAAAGAAGGCAACUGCAGAUAUCAAAAAACCGCUCGAGGAAGAACUCGUACGCGUGAUUGACGCUAGUCAAGCCAUAUUUAUUUGCAUUUCUGUAAUUAGCGAUCAAAUGGUCAAGAAAAAUAUCUUAGAGAAUGGACCAAACACCCUAAUUGACAAGUACGAGCAAGAAAAGAAGUCCGUUCAGAACAAUAACUAUCAAUCUCAGUCAUCCUACAGCGCGUCUCAAUUUCCAUACGAAGAUACUUACCUCAAUAAUGACGAAAAUGAAUUUUCGACUUUACAAUUCAAACCCAUGAAGAAGCAAUCACAAUUAAGGAAGCCAUCCACCUUGACCGAUAGAGCAAGCACUUUGAAUUCUACUACUACAAAUUCCACAACUGGAUAUCUUGAACAAGUUUCAUCAGCAUAUUCAGCAAUUGAUGCUCUCGAUCGAGUCAUUGAAUUUCGACACCAUAUCACUCCUUUUUUAGUUGAUCAUUUGAAUAAUUCAAACAAAUCAGAAGAAAACAAAAUGCCAAAAUGCUUUGAUGCUUUUCUGCAUCAGUUCAAUGCAAUUGUACCAUUUUUUGCAUUUUCAGAUGUUGAAUUGUGUCAUCAAAUAAUUACACAACUUUCAACAUUCUCCUCAUUUGCCAACUCACAGAAAUGUUACAAAUUAACUUGGAGUGAAGAUGUUGUCAUAUGGUUAAUGAAACGAUAUAGACCUUCGUUAACGGUAACUGGUGUUUUGGAGAAUCAUGUGUUGACUCCUCUGGCUGCUGCUGAUCACUUGUUUUCACCUCAUGAUCACAUUCAUCUUGAGGUUUCACCUGAGCUCGAUAGAAUUUCCAUUACCGUUUUGAAUCGGCGUGAUGAUACACAGUUGAGAAGAGAUUUGAGUUUGAUUCAAUCCAAACUGUGA